AUCAAAAAAACCACAACACCCACACAUGUAGAAGGGAGCUUUUCACGCAUGCGCGUUUUGUGCCGGGGGCUGCCGGCCGAGUAUAAAUAGCCGCGCGGCCCGAUCAGCCCUACAUUCCCGCUUGUAUUCUCACUAGCAACACACGCUCUCUACAUUCCCAAUAUGUCUUACUACGCGAAUAACGAAUACAUCAUUGCGACUAACAACUCGAUCAACGAGAACAAAUAUAACAGUGAAAAGAUGAAAAACAGUGGCCUCAAGGCCCUACUGAAGCCGAUCAUGAAAAUGAUUAAGAAAACGACGAAGCGCUCUCCCGCCAAAACGGUCGACACGUGUUACGAGGAAGACCAGAACGCGUGUAACGAGGCGCUUGAGAAUAAAAUCUACAGUGAGAUGGACGCGUGCCAGUCUGCCGCGUUCCUCGUCACCAACCAGGAUGACAGCUACGACCUUGUGCCCAUUGCCCGUGAAGACUUCUACAUUCCCGUUCACUUCGCACGCACGGACGCUGGCACCUUCUUUUGGACCACAGUUUCCAAGACAGAGACAGACUUCGCUGCCGCACACUGCUACACCGAAUGCCAAACCGCCGAACAACAGCACCCCGUCUUCCAGGACCGUUGGGUCCAAGCCUAA